AUGAGGUUCAGUGCAUUUGAAGUGGGUACAGUGAACCAUCACGGCUCCAAAGAGCUCAUCAUUAUGAAUGUCCAAGAUUACUCAGAUCUACACAAUGGCUGGGUGAACGCUGGCAGUAAGGCAGAGACGGCCUCUCUUCAGCCUGGUGACAUCAUCAUGGAGAUUAAUGGACUCAAUACUGGCGAGAUGCUCAACGUAGAGGCACAAAACAAAAUCAAGAGCUGCACGACUCAGCUGCAACUUCUCGUAGAAAGACCUGCUCCUCCCACUCCUGGUCAGACCAAUGGAAUCACAGAGCAACUGGUCGGCCGCUUCCAGGAGGCUGUACAGGUGAGUCGAGAUGAGAACCAGAACUACAGAGAGUACACCAUCUCCAGCCCAGCCUCUCUGUCACCUGGCCCAUAUUCACCUGAGCCACCAUCCAGCCUCGACCGCAAAGGGGGCAGAAUCACACCCACCAGUAAGAGCCUCCAGCUCCAUUCCUGGUCUUCAGAGGAGAAGAGCGUACAGAGUCACAGACUGUCCCGACCCCUCUCUCAGGAGAUCUCUUCCGUGGAUUUCCGCAGUAACUCCGUGUCCAGUCGGACUCCAACUCCACCUGGGCGAUACUCUCCACACAGCCCCAUCGAACGAGAGGUGCCCAUUUCCCCUCGACGCAGUUCGGACUUUGCCAUGCAGAGGUUUGACAGAGACUCAGAGGUGUACAAGAUGAUUCAGGAGAACAAAGAAUCCCGUGCAGCUCCUCGCCAGUCCAACACCUUCAAGAUGCUGCAGGAGGUGCUGGAGGCUGAUGAGAAAGAGGCCGCCAUCCGGUUUCCAAGCAAGUUGUCUCCAAGCCCCUCCAAGACCACGUCCUCUGUUUCUGGUGUGCAGAAAUACCACACCUGUGAAAAAUGCGGCACCAGUAUUGUCACUCAGGCCGUGAGGAUCACAGAUGAUCGCUUCCGUCACCCAGAUUGCUACACCUGUACAGAAUGCGGGCUCAACCUAAAGAUGCGUGGCCACUUCUGGGUGGAGGACAAAAUGUACUGCGAGAAACACGCCAGAGAAAGAUACCAGGGUACCGGCAGUAACUAUCGUUACGUCGUGUCCCCAAACCACUGAGACGCCCGAGCAGCCGCCCUCCUGACGCCACCUCCAACUCCUCUGAUUAGCUGCGAGCAUAGAGAGGAGAAGAUGCUGAUGUCAUUGAUACGUUGUCCAAUGGGAGCCAAAUAGAGUUUUUGGCGUAAUGUCACUUGAAGCUUUGGGACCUGGCGCAAUUGUGUCCUCUUCUCCAGUUAUCAUACACCCCUUGAAUAGAGACUAUAAGCUUUGAUCUAAUGGAUUUGGAAGGGAGCGUCUCUGUUAGAGCGUGCUAUUUCUAUACAGUUGAAUUUCUACAUUUGCCUGCCAGUUCCACAUGUUGUAUUAUGCUUUGAAAACUGCUUGUUUUUCAAUAGACAUUUAACUUGGGUUUAUCUUGAAUAGUUUGUAUUGU